AAACGAUCGAUGACUGCAACAACGACGGACUUCUUAAGGAUCCCAACAUGUUUAUUCUUGGCGUCAACCUACCCGAGCACAAGCUUGUCAGGAUUGGGUUGACGAGGUUUGUAGGGAUUGGGCAUUACACGGCGAAUCUGAUCUGUGCCCGGCUGCAGAUCCACAAAGCAUUGACGGUCGGCGAGCUGAGCGAACACCAGAUCGGCCGUCUGUCCGCGCUACUAUCCUCCCCGCCGACGACCCCACCAACGAACCAUAAAGUGGCCGAGCUCGACGGGAUUCCCGCCCCAUCGACCCUCGACUUCGAUUCCGGCCCCUCUCCUCAGCCUAAACUCUUGUCCCUCGCCGACGAUCCGCUCCAACGCCUCCUCAUCGAAUCCGACCUCCGCCGGGAAGUCAGGGCUAAUAUCGCCCAUCAUCGCGCCAUCGGUUCCUAUAAAGGAAAACGCCAUGCUCUCGGCUUCCCUGUCAACGGUCAACGUACUCAUACAAACGCUAAGACUGCUCGCAAACUCAACAAGGUCGAACGUCGUGCCUAUUCUACUUCCCCCCUCCACCAAAACAGCUCCUCAACUCAAUCGCUCCUCAAUCAGAUCAUCUCAAUCGACUCACUCCAUGGAUUCUCAGCUCUACGGACCCAACCAAGCCCUUGUCCAUAACACAUAAACCCAUCCCACUCAUCCUCUUUCGAUCAUAAUUCAUCCCUUCUUUUAUAACAAACAAACACAGAGUCUGGAGGGUUGAAAAAAAAAGAAUGCAGGAGGUUUGUUCUU